GAAGACUGACGUUCAAGACGUGCACUGCGUCAGUGACGUCACGUGCGUGAAACGUGUGUUCUAUACUACAGCCAAAGCAGAAGCUGUUCUGGAUGAAGGAAACAAUCCUGUCAGUUGUGUUUUAAGUCAGAAGACUAGGUUUAUUGUUUACCUUUAAGCUCAUCAGAUCUUUGUUUUAUAACGGUUUAACGCUUUAUUUUCUUUAGCACGUCUUCGUCUUACAUCUUAACUCGUUUAAAUGAAUCACACCCCGUAGGAAAUACUUAAAAAGUGCCCUGUGUGCGUCAUCAUGCCGGUCCAGUGCAGUAACUGCGUCCAGAGACGUGCUGUGCUCAAACGGCCCAAGACCGGACACUCUCUCUGUAAGGACUGCUUCUUUUGGGCAUUCGAGGAGGAGAUCCAUCAAACCAUCGUGUCCGCUGGACUCUUUAACCGUGGAGAAACCGUGGCCAUCGGUGCCUCGGGUGGGAAGGACUCUACCGUUCUGGCCCAUGUGAUGAAGGUCCUGAACGAGCGCUACGGUUACGGCCUGGACCUUCUGCUGCUGUCGGUGGAUGAGGGCAUCACGGGUUACAGAGAUGAUUCGCUGGAGACGGUGAAGAGGAACCAGCAGCAGUAUGAGCUGCCGCUGAAGAUCGUGUCUUAUGAAGAGCUGUAUGGCUGGACCAUGGACGCCAUCGUGAAGCAGGUGGGAUUGAAGAAUAACUGCACUUUCUGCGGUGUGUUUCGCAGGCAGGCGCUGGACCGAGGAGCCAUGAUGCUGAAAGUGGACAGGAUAUGCACAGGUCACAAUGCAGACGACGUGGCAGAGACGGUGCUGAUGAAUGUCCUGCGUGGAGAUAUCGCUCGUCUCCGGCGCUGCACCUCCAUCAGCACGGCUAGUGACGGAGAGGGUGCCAUCCCACGCUGCAAGCCCCUCAAAUACGCCUACGAGAAAGAAAUCGUCCUCUACGCCUAUUUCAAGAAGCUUGAUUAUUUCUCCACAGAGUGCAUCUACUCGCCCAACGCCUACCGGGGACACGCUCGCACCUUCCUCAAAGACCUGGAGUCCAUCAGGCCCAGCUCCAUCAUAGACGUCAUCCACUCCGGCGAGACGCUCUCUAUAAAGGAGGGGGUGAAGAUGCCGGUGCAGGGAACGUGCUCGCGCUGCGGCUACAUCUCCAGUCAGGCCCUGUGUAAGUCCUGUGUUCUGCUGGAGGGCCUGAAUCGAGGGUUACCCAAACUGGGCAUCGGGAAGCAUCACCGUCUGCACGGCAAAAUUCUGGCUCAGGAGUCUUUGACCGAACAAGAGGAGAAGAAACUGAAGGCAGUGGACUUCUGACGCAAAAUCAGGACUUGAUUUUAAAAACUGGACAUUUGAGUUACGUGUCAUCUGUGGUUUAAAGAUGCUCUGAAAUGAAUGUUCAUAAUGUGAGACGAUUUUGGAAGUCUCCGGCAAUUUUGUAUUUUAAUUUUUUUAUUUCAACCACAGUGGACUGAAUGUAACGCAUCUUGUGUUAAUGCGGUCGCUGAAAAAGCAACGUACAAACCGCUAUUCAAAAUCAGAGAUGCCUGUUUUAAAGACAAACAUGAACUUUUCCAAGUUAUGCCACGUUCACAUAAGGAGAAAUAUUUCAAAUGCUCAUUAUGAUUUUUUUUUAUUUAUUUAAACAAUAUUAUGACAAUAAAGUUACUCAUUAUUUCUCCUUUUGUUUUUCAGUUUUUGUAAAGAUGGAGUGUUUUAUAGGUGUUUAAUGUUCUUCAGUUUGUGACAUGAUAAAACCGAUAAUAUGAUUUCAGUGCAUUUUAAUCAUAUGCACACACACGUGAUACGUGAUCAGCUUCCUCUUGCUUUCAGGUUAUUUAUUUGAUAAUAUUAUAUGAUUAUUAUUCUUUCUUCAUUUAGCAGAGACUUUAUUAUAGAAUUGAACUGAAAUAAAAAUAUAUUUUUGUGCUGCACAUUUACACAAAUACAGAGUGUCAGUGCAUUAAAUGAAUCGUCUGUAUCUGCGUAUCUCAAAUGCUUCAGGAUCUCUUCUCUUCACUAUCUUGUCAAUUCUCGAUGUCUUUGAAUGUUCACACAGCAGAGGAACCGCAGGUAUAGGAGAAUCACAUGCAUUCUCAACAUGAUCCACUA